ACUGUGCAAUGAUGAUGGACAACGAUACUAUUUUAGACACCGCGAUUACGCAUUUUGAAACCAUUUUUAUUGUCAUUUCCGUUGUGAUGCUGCUAGUCAUUUGCUUCGGAAAUGCCCUGACUCUCGUGGCGGUUUGGAGAACCAAACAGCUCCGAACAGUCGCCAGUAUAUACAUUGUCUCCCUUGCCGUGAUCGACACGAUGAUCGGGAUUGGCCAGUCAAUCCGGAAUUUUGUCUUUCUGUGGUCACAAAACGUGCUUGACGAUCAUCUGGUUUUCUGUGCAUUCAUAUUGAUCUUCCUGCCUAUCCUUGUUUCUAUUUCGGGAUUUUGCAUGGUCCUUAUAGCCAUCGACAGAUACAUCUUCAUUCUGCACCCUCUGAGGUACGAAUAUCUCCUGACGCCAAAAAGGGCGGGAAUUGCAAUCGGAACCAUCUGGGUGGUCGUUCCGACAAUCUGCUGUAGCAGCGUUCAUCUGGACUUCCGGAAUGGUUGCACCAACGACAUGCUCACCAGAAACACGCUUUAUGUCGUCUUGGGCAUCAUUUUCUUUGCGGUGAUUUCCAUUUCUAUAAUAUUUUUGUAUACUCGAAUUCUGAUCGUGGCCAGACGACACAUUCGCAACAUACACUCGAGCUCGUCGAUCGAGAGGAACGCCAUCUUGGGUCCUCAGAAGACUUGGAAGCUGAUCAAACACUUCUUGGUGGUCUUUGGAAUCUUCUUCGUCUGCUGGCUGCCAACAAUAAUAAACAGUGUAAUUAGUUAUUUUGGAGAAAUGGAGCCGUGGUUCUUGAUUGCCAGUUAUGUGCUUAUUUUACUGAAUUCUAGUACUAACUUUCUCGUGUACGCGUGGAUGAACAGAUUGUACAGAGAGGCCUUCAAGAACCUACUGUGUUGUAAUCAGUCAAGCGUGAGUUUUGAUACCACAACUGGAACAAUACAGAGGACUGCUUGGUAACUCGAAUAAUUUGUGUUCUGACCAUACCUUGUUCCUACUUGAAGAAAUUAGUUCAUGCGGCGAGUGUUUGUUCUUUAAAAAAUUGACAAAAUUACACAGAAUUUUAAU